ACCAUUGGUUAUGUGGAUGAGAAUCAGAAAUCCUUUCGACCUGUAAUUCACUUUCAACCACAAUUUCAAUCAACAAUCACCGGAACCAGAUCCAACGAGCCUCCUGUUUCUGUACAAUAUUAUAUGAUUCAAAUGCCUAAAAUUAUUAAUAUAAGCAACCAUCCUAAAAAUCUUUCAGUACUUAAGUAGUCUGAGAUUUAAUAGAUCAUUGGCUCCAAAUUAUAUAUUUCUGACAUGGAUGACUCGGAGUCUCAACAGAACCAAUCCUGAAACCUAUCAAUGGCUACUACAACGUGGCUUCCCAUUUCCCCAUUCACUUUCAAUCCUGGCUUCGACAAACCAGGAUUUGUUCAUCGUACUUCACAGGUGCGUUGCUUCCCUUUCACUAACUUCAAUUCGAUAUAUCGAAUUCAGAGCUCUGUGAAGUAUUUUAGAAUAUGUAAACAAAGGAAAGUUCAAAUCUUUGUCACCAAAGUCCACUGCACAAUGUCAGUGGAAGAACGAUUAAAAAAUGCCAUCAAUGGUUUACGUACUGUAGAACAAGUUGAUUCCAUGACAUAUGUUCGUGUACUGCAAGAGUGUAUCAGGAGGAAAUCAUUAGUUGGGGGCAAGCAAGUUCAUGCCCACAUUAUAAGAAAUCGAAACGAGAUUGAUGGUUUUUUAGGAAGUAACCUGACAAACAUGUAUGCUAAAUGUGGGAAUUUGGUUGAUGCACGGCGAGUGUUUGAGGAAAUGCCUGAACGAAACAUUGUGUCAUGGACAUCAAUGAUAGCAGCACAUGUUCAGAAUGGGUUUUAUGAUGAGGCUUUGGAGCUCACGGGUUUAAUGCAAGAGGCUGGCAUGAUGCCUGACGAAUUCACCUUGCCCAGUUUGUUCCGGGCCUGUGCGAGCAUGGAAGAUCCAGAACAGGGCAAGGCGUUACAUGGGAUAGCAAUCAAAACUGGUUUUGAGUCAGAUGUAGGGGUGGGAAGUGCCCUUGUUGAUAUGUAUGCAAAAUGUGGUUUUUUGGGAGACUCAUGCAAGGUGUUUGACAAAAUGCCUGAGAAAAAUGUGGUUUCAUGGAAUGUAAUGAUAAUGACGUUUGGGCAGAGUGGGCAAGGAGAGGAGGGUUUAAAGUUUUUCAUUCAAAUGCAGAGGGAAGGUGUGAAGCCAAACUACUCAACGUUAACCACUGUUGCCAAUAUGUUUACAGAUUUGGAAAACGUGGAACAAGGCAGACAAUUGCAUGCAUACACUAUUAAAGCCGGAUUUGACUCAGAUACGCCCUUGCAUAAUGCCCUUGUUAUGAUGUAUACCAAGUCUGAGUGCUUUGACGAGGCUAAGAUUAUGUUUUAUGAAAUGAGCAAACAAGACCUCCUGUCAUGGAAUUCCACGAUUGUUGGAUUUGUUCAGAGUGGGUACUAUCACGAGGCUUUGUGUUGUUUUUCCCAUAUGCAGCUGCAAGACAUAAGGCCAAACCAGUUCACCCUUUCCACCAUUCUUCGGGCAUGUGCUAGCUUGCAAGCUUCUGAACAAGGCAAAGAGGUUCAUGCUUAUAGUAUCAAAUGUGGAUUGGAGUCGAAUGUCUUUGUAGGAAGUGCACUUGUUGAUAUGUAUGCUAAAUGUGGGCGAUUGAAUGAUGCAUGUAGAGUUUUUGAAAAUAUGCCCAAACGAAAUGUGGUGUCUUGGACUGCAAUGAUUGGAGGUUAUGUCCAAAAUGAGCAUCAUGAGGAAGCCAUUAAGCUCUUUUGCCAAAUACAAGGGACAAGAAUGAUGGCAGAUCCAUUUACCUAUGCCAGUGUCCUUGGUGCAUGUGCUAGCCUACAGGAUCUGCAGAAAGGCAAGCAGGUUCACGCUCAUAUCAUCAAAACCAGAUUUGGUGAAAAUGUCUUCAUAGCGAAUUCCCUUAUAACCAUGUAUUCUGAGUGUGGCCACCUAGAAUAUGCCUACAUGGUGUUUGACAAAAUAUCUAAGAGAAAUAUAGUCUCAUGGACAGCAAUGAUUGCUGGGUAUGAACAAAAUGGAUGCAGCAAGGAAGCCCUUAAAUUUUUUGGAGAAAUGCAAUUAGCAAGCAUGGAACCUAAUCAGUUUACUUUUAUCAGUGUUCUUGAGGCAUGUACGUCUCUUCACUAUUUGAGAUUUGGGAGGCAGAUCCAUGCCCAGGUAUGUAAAACUGGAUUAGAUUUUGAUACCUUUCUAGGUACUGCCCUAAUUGAUAUGUAUGCUAUGUGUGGAUGCACGGAGGAUGCAUGUAAGGUGCUUGAUCAAAGUCCUAAGGAUGAUGCUUUAUUAUGGAGUGCUGUAAUCAUAGGAUUUGCAGAAAAUGGGUAUGACAACGAAGCUCUAGAUUUCCUUUACAGAAUAAGAUUGUCAUACAUGAAGAGGACACAUUUCACCUUCUCACGUAUUCUAAAGGCAUGUGCCAGCAUAGGAUCUUUUCAGCGAGGGAAAGAAGUACAUGCCUAUGUUGUAAAAUCUGGGUUUGAGUCAGAUGUCUUUGUGGCAACUUCACUGGUUGAUAUGUAUGCCAAAUGCAGCAGCCCAGAGGAUGCAUCAAAAAUCUUCUAUGAGAUGCCGGAACGGAAUGUAGUCUCAUGGAAUGCAAUGAUUGCAGGGUAUGUUCAAAAUGGUCAUUGUGAGGAGGCUCUCAAGCUUUCUAAGCAAAUAGAUAUUGAAGGACUGAAGCUUGAUAGAUUCAGUUUUGUGAGUAUUCUUGGCGCAUGUACUGCUUUACCAUCCCUCGAACAGGGAAAACAGUUCCAUGUGUGUAUCAUCAAAAGAGGAUAUGAAUUGGAUGUUGCAGUGGCAAAUGCCAUCAUUAACAUGUAUGCUAAAUCUGGCUGCAUACAAAAUUCAUACAAAGUGUUUGAGAAGAUGCCAGAACGAAAUGUUGUCUCAUGGAAUUCAAUGAUUGCAGGUUAUGCACAACAUGGGUGUGGGAAGGAGGCCAUCCGACUGUUUGAAGAAAUGCUACAGGCAGGGAGUGAACCAAGCCAUGUCACUUUUGUUAGCGUUCUCUCUGCUUGCAGUCAUGUAGGUCUAGUAGAUGAAGGCAAUCGCUACUUCAAUUCAAUGUUUGGAGAUCAUGACAUCAUGCCAAGAGCAGAGCACUAUGCCUGCAUAGUUGACCUUCUUAGUCGUGCCGGACGCCUAAAUGAAGCAGCAAAUGUUGUCAAAAGAAUGCCAUUUGAACCUAGUGCUUUGGUAUGGCGUACCUUGCUUGGCGCUUGUAGAAUCCAUGGUAACUUGGAACUAGGUAAACAUGCUGCAGAGUGUAUACUAGCUUUGGAGCCAGAAGACACUGCAACUUAUGUUCUUUUGUCAAACAUCUAUGCCGUGCUUGGGAGGUGGGAAGAUGUAGCAAAGGUGAGAAAGCUGAUGAAAGCCAAGGGGCUUAGAAAGGAGCAAGGAUUAAGCUGGAUUGAGGUUAAGGACAAGGUGCACACAUUUGGUGUGCAAGACCGAUCACAUCCACAGACAGACGAGAUAUAUUUAAAACUGGAAGAAUUAACUGGACAAAUAAAGAAGAUAGGGUAUUUACCAGAUACAAGCGUUGUUUUGCACAAUGUGGAGGAGGAUCAAAAGAAAGAUGACCUUUGCCAUCAUAGUGAGAGGCUGGCUAUUGCUUUUGGGCUUAUCAGGGCACCUCCAGGAGCACCUAUUCAAGUCAUGAAGAACCUUCGCGUGUGUGGUGACUGCCACACUGCCACAAAGCUCAUCUCGAAGGUUGUUGAGAGAGAAAUUAUUGUGAGGGAUGCUAAUCGCUUCCAUCAUUUCAAGAAUGGGCUCUGUUCAUGUGGAGAUUAUUGGUGAAAUAAAAAGUACUGUUAUUUCCUAUUUUUACAAAAGCCAGACACUUUUACCAUUAACGAUCAUUUAUGAUCUUGAGUAUUGCAUCAAAGGCUUUAUUUCCUUGUAUGACACUGCAUAAAAGUUUUGUGCAAUGCCAUGUUUUGGGAUUCUGAUUAAACUUGAGGGGGACGAUGGUGUUAAAAGUAUGAAGUUUAGGGAAGAAUACUUUUUGGAUUGAGUGUAGAGAAGACGAGGCACUGUAAUAUAUGCUUAUUUGGAGUCAGAGAAGUUGAGUAGCAAGAUCCGUAACAACGAAAGCUUCAUUUUUUAAAUAUUACAUAAGCAGACAAGUCCGGUACUGCUAUACUACUUAGCAAUCUUAGCCAUGACUAAUAUGUGUAUAAGUGGGAAGCACAUGCUUACAAUUAAGCAGCAUAUAGAUCAAAACGCCAGGGGCAACUAAAAUUCCCACCCAACCAACUAUAAUUGGAGGAGGGCUAGAAGGCUGAUUAACAUAUCUUGAAAGUACUUAAAACUAAAAGUCAUAAUAUGAGACAGUACUUACAGUUGCAGAUUACUACUCGAUAGGUCCAGGCCUUGCUCAAUGGCCUUUGAAGCAUACGUAAUUAACUGCUGGGUUGGGAAGAUAGCCAGAGAGGUUCCAAGUUGCCUGAGAAUUUGAUGUGAGAAUUAGGAUUAGAAGUCUGUUGCAGCUGGCAUUAUACAUACACAUAUAUUCUCCAUUUCCUUGCUUUAUCAGAGUGGUGAUUGUGUCAACCUAAGCACAGACUUGAAGGAGAUUCCAAGUAAAUGGGACAUAUUCUGGUAUCUUGUUUCAAUCAACAUUCUGUCUUGCUUCACCUGCAAAAUGCAUUUAGGUUGAUAUGCUAUUGGAAAAUCAUAAUGGGUAAAAGGAGCCUUUCCUGAUGAUGGUAACAGGAUGUAACUGGCCACUUAACCUUUGCCUGGGAUUAUGUACCUCCAUUAACAAGUGAACCUUUAAAAGAGAAAUAAGUCGAAUAUGCAAUGUGUGCCGCUCAACUUUGAUCCUCUCUUUUCUGUGUGAGAUUCUUGAUUGUCCAACUUAAUGUUUGUGAGUUAUCUAGUUUGAUGGGGAAGUUUUCAGCGUUCCAUAAAUCUGUGCAGCCUUGCUUGAGUUUUUAACUUUCCUGAGAGCCUUGCUUGACACAUUCAUUUUAAUACCCGUUGAACUUAAUUUCUUGAUGGAUCGGUAUUCCACCUGAUAUCUGCAGCACUGAAAUUCUACUUUCUGGAGCUUAAAGAUAAAACCAUGAGAAGUGAACUAGUAAUAAAAACUCAUGUACAGAACGAUGAUAUGGUUGUACAGAAACAGUGGAACACAUAUGAUUAUCAACAAGAGAGCCAAGCAGUUCCUUUAUUAGAAAACUAUGAUUGGGUAUUAAAAUUGCAUAGAUGAGUAUAACUGAUUUAUUUGGACUAUUUCCAACGAAAGCUCUGUUGCAAUUAUACUAUGACUUACGAUGGAUGACGUUCGAAACGGUCACAUAACAAUCUCCAUUGACAUUCGAGAUGACAUUGGUGCUAAUAAUCUGGAUGGAUAUUUCCGACACUUAAAUUUUUGUUCAGUUCGAAUGAAUUUUUCUCACUACUUAGGUACCUUGUAAGCUCCAAGGCUUAAAUCUUUUCUCAACUUUGAUUGACCAAACUUAUUCUUGAAUAUAAUUACUCAAGCAUGUACUGAAGGAAAAACUGAGGGGAAAAGGAAUUCAUUUCUUUUGGUG